AGAGGGUACAGUGGAUAGAAUUUAUGGCAUUGAAGGAGAACAUGACAUGUGUUCUGUCUGAAGAUGCCACACAGACGCAGACAUUCGAAGCACUGGCAACAUCAUUUCAUCAUUAUUUCUCUUGCAAGCAAGAUCACUUCAAAGUUGGAUCUGCAUUGGUUCUUCUUCUACAAAACCGAGAUCUUUUGCCGCAUCCAACCCAAAAAUUGGCUGCAGUGUACCUUCUGUAUGAGAUGUACCGUACAGAGCCCAUUGCGGUUAACCCGUUUGCCUCUGUCUUUGUUCACUUGCUGAAUCCACCAACUGAAAAGCAAGAAGCUGGCCAGUUUGAUCUGCACUGGGCCAUUCCAGCCAUUUCACCACCGGAAAGAUACUUCCUGUCACAACUUAUCUCUAGUCCAAACAAGGAUAUGUUCAAGAAAACGUCCACCCAGAUAAUCCAGAUGGAUGUUGGAAAUAUGCAGUCAUAUGAUGUGAGUGGUUUGCAGCUGGCUCUCGCAGAACGGCAGUCCGAGAUGCCCUCUUCCAGCAAGUCAGCCAUGCCCUGCGUGGUGCCAGAUCCAGACAGCAAACCCACCAGUUUUGAUCAGUUUGGUAAACCAGGAGUUAUAAACCACGAUGUUCAAAGACAGACAAUUGAGGCGCUGCUGACAGGACCGAAACCUGCGGUCGAGAACUGCAUGAGGCCCGAGUUCAUCAGACUCGCACCCCCACUACACAUCACAGAAGACGAGCUUGUGUGGAUGAACCCGACCGAUGGUGAUUUCCAGAUCGCGUGGGACCCGACCAUGUGUGAGAGUACAUCGGCCGGCUCGGACGUGAGGAGGCUGAUGGCGAAGGCCUUCAAAGGAACGCUGAGCAUGAACCAGCAACAACAGAUCCUCAAGGAGCUGGAGAAUGACCCCAAACUUGUCUACCACAUCGGAUUGAUGCCCACAAAGUUGCCUGACCUUGUUGAGAACAACCCAAUGGUGGCAAUUGAAGCUCUUCUAAAACUCAUGCCAUCCAACCAGAUUACAGAGUAUUUUUCUGUAUUGGUGAACAUGGAGAUGUCACUUCACUCUAUGGAGGUGGUAAACCGACUAACCACGCAUGUCGACUUACCCCCAGAGUUCAUACACCUGUACAUCUCCAACUGCAUCCUAACGUGUGAAACCAUCAAAGAUCGCUACAUGCAGAACCGACUCGUUCGAUUAGUGUGCGUCUUUCUGCAGUCUCUCAUCAGAAACAAAACCAUUGACGUUCGAGAUAUAUUUAUAGAAGUGCAGGCGUUCUGCAUCGAGUUCAGUCGAAUACGGGAAGCAGCAGCAUUGUUUCGACUUCUCAAAUCUUUGGACAACGCAGAACCAGUCCUUCCCCCACCACCAAGCUCUAGAUAAUGUUUUGUGGCCAAGAAAAGAAUGGUUUUAUUAAUAUAUUGAAUGGUGUAGUCAAGUUUUGAAUGGUGCCUGGACAGAAUUAAUUGUUCCAUCAAGCUAGUCCUAAGAUGAAGAAAACUUGAGUGUCUGUUGAUGGGGCUUUUUUUUUGGGGGGGGGGGGUUAAUGGCAGACUGUUUUUAACCCAGUCCUAGGGUUGUUUUAUGGGGGAUUGUAAGCAAUUAUUUAGAUGGCAGUAGAUAUGUUUAAGCAGGCUGAAAUAAAGUCUGCCGGUUUUUGGUCACAUAAGGACACUUUUCAGGUGACAGUGUCAAAUACAUUGUAUUCAGUCGUCAUCUUUUUUUAAUUUUCAGAGAGCAGCUUAAAUCUAACUGUGAAUAAACUAUCUUGAAUGAACACACAGCUUUUCAUUUUAAAAAGAAAGAAAGAAAAUGGCACACUAAAAAAUCUUUGAAUGUACGAAAAUGAUACAUUAUGAUCAAAUAAAAUGUAUUCAUAUUUAAA